AUGUCUGACAGCACUGUUGGCCCAAACGGCAAGCUGAAAGAUGCGUCCGAAAUCGUAUGGUACAACGAUGCGGACGACGAUCAGCCUAUCCCCUCCUCAUCUACAAUCAAGUCUCUGCUGCACCCAUUCUUUGCUGGUGCUGCUCCCCCUGCAGCCGUCAUAGCUGGUGCCCGUCGUUCUACUCGAGCACCUCGCCCUUCAAUGAGGAUACUUGAUCCCGACAACAUUGCAUCAUCCAGUACUGCCCAAGGUAAACGAAAAGCUGCCGACGAUCUUACCAGACGACGGGUCGCACGCAAGAUUAUUGCAAGCCCUACCACCUCCAGUCAUGAUGGUGAAUCCGACAGUGAUGUAGAUAUUGGUGGUACUGAUCUUGAUGCAGUAGGUGGUGACACCGAAGCUGAGGAUGACGUGGAGCGUGCAUAUGCAUCAACAAAAGCUAUGGGAGAUGCAGACUAUGUUCGUACCAUCUUCAUCAAGAAAGACGAUUACGUAGACCCACAUACUGGGCUUGUCGAGUCAGGACACGUGUGCACAGUCUGUCAGUAG